AUGCUGUCGGACAUCCUCAGCAAGCUGGCCUGGGCGAUGGACGGUGAGCAGCCCGCCCGUAUCCGCCAACUCCAGCAUCAGCUGGAGCUGGAGAGGAGGCUGUUCGAGCAAAACAUCCUGGGGAGCUGGGAGGGUGAGCCCCAGCACGUGGAAAGCCACAGAACAAACUGCUCCCAGGACAGAGAGGUGGGCCACCACCGUGCAGAGCAGGGCUCCAGUCAACUGCCUGUGAAGGACACUCACGUCCAGGUGCCAGAGAUGGCCAAGGAAGACCUGGGGCUCCCAGGCAGCACAAGCACCGAGCUGCUGCUGCAACGAGCCCCAAGCAACCUGGAGAGGCAGUGCCAGGCCCUGCCGGCUGAGAACCACCUGCUGAGAGAGGGACGCUCUCCAGAAGUGUGCCAGGAACGGCAGAGGCUCCAGCAGGCUGCAGCCAAACUUCAAGUGCUCAGCAAUUGCCUGCAGGAGAAAUGCACGCAGCUCCAGGAGAUUUGGGAAAAGCAGAGGCCACACAGAAAUCCCAAACAGGAAUGCUCCAACCAACAGGAAGAGUUGGAGGAGUCAGAAGGGCGGCUGAUGGCAGUCUGCAGCCUGCAUUCUCACAGACGAACAUCACCGCUAAUUCGAAGGUUCUUAGCUCGUCACAGCUACAAUCCUUUGGAGGGCCCUAAUGAGGACCCAGAAAACGAGCUUCCCCUGACUGCUGGACAGUACGUUUACAUCUUUGGAGACGUGGAUGAGGAUGGCUGGUUUCUGGCAGAGCUGACGGAUGGCACGAGAGGACUGGUCCCUUCCAAUCUGGUGGAAGAAGUUUCUGAUGAUGACCUGGAUACAACCGUGCCUCCAGAGCUUCGUGAUCUCCUGCUGGAUACCGAUGAUGAAGAGAGACUAGGCAGCAGGAGCGGUGGCAGAGAGUGAUGGUCACCAUCCAGAAACCUGUGUCCGCCUGCUGGCUGAGCCUGGGGGACGCAGAUUCCUCUCCACAAGACAGCAACAUCCCAUCAAAAUUCCACUUUUCUGGAUGAAGACUGCCUCCUGCUCCACUUGAUGUUCAAGUGGAGCAUGGUCCAUCGGCAGCAAGACCUUGAACACUCAUCAGUUGUAUGACAGAGAAUUUACUACACUGGACUGGACUAAAACACACACACACACACACACACACACACAUACAAAAAAAAAAAAAAAAAAACAAAAAAACCAAAAACACACACACAAAAAAAAAAAAAUUAAAAAAUUACAAUAAAAAAAAUACAAAACAACCAAACCCCAAAAAAGUGUGUAAGCUCAUCUUGUUCUCUGGCACUCUGCUUUUGUCAAGGUACGAGGA